AUGCCGUUCGAGAAGACCUUCAAACAGCGCCGCACCUUCCAACAAAGAGCGGAAGAUGUCCGGCUGAUCCGAGAGCAGCAUCCGACCAAGAUCCCGGUGAUCAUAGAGCGGUACAAGGGGGAGAAGCAGCUGCCCUUGCUGGACAGGUCCAAGUUCCUGGUGCCGGACCAUGUCAACAUGACCGAGCUCCUCAAGAUCAUCAGGAGGCGCCUGCAGCUCAACCCCAACCAGGCCUUCUUCCUGCUGGUCAGCGGCCACAGCAUGGUGAGCGUGUCCACGCCCAUCUCUGAGGUGUAUGAGAGUGAGAAGGACGAGGACGGCUUCCUGUACAUGGUCUACGCCUCUCAGGAGACCUUUGGGACCCCUGCCACCGCCUAA